AGGAACAGCUGGAGUGUAAAGGCUCAGGAACAGCUGGAGUAUAAAGGCUCAGGAACAGCUGGAGUAUAAAGCUACAGGGAUUUAAACAAUAAUAAUAAUAUGACUUUUUUACUAAAGGUCAUUUGAAGGUAAUGUUUGCUGUGCGUAAUCAUGGAGGAAGAGUCGGACACCAGAGAAAUCCUGUCUGCAGACGCGUUAAGUCCUCUGGAAGAACAGGAGGAGGUGGUGGAGGUGGUGGAGGGAAGUCGCUCCAGAUGUUCGCCGCCGUUCGCGUGUCCGUUUUCGGUCACUGUCGAACCGGUGCUCUUCCUUUCCACGUUCUCGUUGGCACUCCAGAUGCCUCUUUACACGCAGUACCUCUGGGACCGCAUUAGCGAGGACGUGGGCUAUAACGGCACGAAAGGAGGUGGAGGAUGUGGCAAUUCUUCUGCUGAACACGACCCGCUCCAGAAGGAGGUGGAAGCUCUAACGGCACACUGGAACUUGUACAUCAAUCUGGGAGGUUUUUUUGUGAGCCUCUUCGUUGUGAUCCUGAUCGGCUCGUGGAGUGACCGAGCAGGACGGCGUCUUGUCUUGAUUCUUCCCAGUUUAGGCCUGGCUGUCCAGGCUACUGUCUACCUGACCGUCAUGUACCUGAAAUUGCCUGUGGCCUGGUUCCUGUUGGGACGAAUCUGCAGUGGCCUGUCUGGUGAUUUCAAUGCCAUUCUGGCUGGCUGCUUCGCUUAUGUGGCUGACAUCAGUGACAAGCGUUCUCGCACGUUUCGUGUGGCAAUACUGGAGGCAUGUCUGGGGCUCGCUGGCAUGUUUGCAAGCAUAAUUGGGGGGAAAUGGCGACAUGUGCAAGGGUACAUCAACCCUUUCUGGCUUGUACUGGCAACAAACCUGGCCACAGCCCUCUACGCUUACCUCUUUGUACCCGAGUCAGUGACUCCUGACCCUGGAGCAAGGCUCUUCUCCACCCCUCACCUCAGAGCUGUCUAUAAACUGUAUUCAUCUGGAGGACAGAGAGGACACCGGAUCAAACUCUGGCUCUAUACCCUUUGCUUCUUCCUGGUGAUCACUGUGCAUUUCGGUUCACGUGACCUGUACGUGCUCUAUGAGCUGAGCACACCUCUGUGCUGGGACUCAGAGCUAAUUGGGUAUGGCUCAGCCACUUAUCACAUGGCAUACCUGACCAGCCUGCUAAGCCUGAAGGUUUUACAACACUGUCUCGAUGACUCCUGUGUGGCUAUUCUUGGCCUGGUGUCAAACAUAACUGGCUUGGUGGUGUUUUCAUUUGCGAAUACGACAGGUCUCAUGUUUACAGGAUACAGCCUGUGUUUUCUCUUUAUGGCCACCACCCCAGUCCUGAGAUCCAAACUGUCCAAACUAGUGGACCCCUCAGAGCAAGGUGCUCUCUUUGCCUCAGUGGCUUGUGUAGAGGGUCUGAGCUCACUGGUGGGCAGCGGAGUCUUUAACUCGCUCUACCCCGUGACCUUACACAUGAUGAAGGGCUUUCCUUUCCUCUUCGGAGCUAUACUCCUUCUUUUUCCUGCUGGAAUAAUCGGGGCUUUGUGGUGCAGAGAGAAGACUAUGAACAAUGGAGAAACUGCAGUUAACUGAUACUGGCUUUCAAAAAUCCUUGACAUUGAGAAGAAGAGCCAAAAGACAAGAAGCAGCCAGUGGUCUGGUUCUGUUGACUAUGUACUGUUGUUUAAUCUGAAUCAUUAAUAGCUAUUUUGACUGCAUAAACAAACCUAAACGUUUAA